AUAGGGUGUGUCUGUGUGUUUCAUAUGAAUCACGUAUCAUAUUCACAGAAAGGAAUGCUGGCAUUCGAAGCUUGUGUGGCGGUGAGGACAGGAGGUUGCACUUUUGUGGCGCACAUCCACCCCUGACCACACACUGCCUCCCUCCCUGCCUGCGUCUCUGGCUCGCGGCUCUGGCCGUGUGCAGUAAUUGGCCACACAGAGCCCAGAUCUCUUUGUUUCGCCUGCAGAGGCUUGCGGUAGACAUGCACAAGCAGUAGGCCUCGUAAAUCUGUGGGACUCCAGGGUCAGGCCCAAGAUUUCAGCUCCGCUCCUUUACAAUGACUUCACUCCCACCCAAAUUCCCACUGUACCACACUCAGGACCCAGGCCAAGAGGCUUCAUCUUCUGACUUUUAUGUGAUAUGUGUAUCACUCACUUGUUUGUGUGUGUGUGUGUGUGUGUGUGUGUGACAGAGACUUGCUGUUUCCUCGCACACCCCCGAUUUAGCACAGUUUAGUAUUUUGAUACUGCUCCGAGGCUGUGAUUAUAUGUCUGUCUUCACUGUUUGCUAGUUUUCUACUUCAUAGUGAAUGCUGCACUCACUGUUUGGCUUGGACUCACUUCACUGGGGUUUUUAAAACUGUGGGUUCCAGACUGGGUCAAAUAUGGUUCAGUAAAUAAAUAGUCUUAACUUUACAGCCCUGAUGAGAUAAUGCGUUGAUUCAAACGCCUGCGAAUGAAUUUAAGUAUAUAAUCCAGUGCAAACUUUAGCUUUUAAUGCAUGAGACUUAAGAGCUGAAAUCCUCACACCAGGAGCUGUAACAGAAUAUUUGAUUCAUGCAGCUGAACUGUGCUUACAGUACAUAUACAUUAUUAUCAAUGUUUUAGUGAAAUGAGAGACGUUCAUCUCUCUAGAGGGUGGGUCCACGUCGCUGUUUCUCUCACCUUAUACCCCCCCCCCGCAGCUGUUACACCACUCUGAUCCAUUCUGAUGAUGCGUUUACGUGUUUCCUUCAAGUCAAAACGUAACAACAGUGUAACUCCAAAUACAUCAAACACGUACUGACUCAUCUACCCUCUGAUCAUUAUUUGCAUUUCCAUAACACGGAACGGAAGGGUCAGUAAACGCAACUAAAGCUCAACAUUACCAUGUAAAGGUGUAGGGACGCGCGGGUGCAGCCUAUAGGCUCCUGCGCAGCGGCUCAGAUAGAUUAAUCGAAAGAGUUAUAUCAUUUCAAAAGUCAAACGUUCUGCCAACAACACCUUGAUGAGUCUGCAGAAAGAUUGGGGGGUAAAAAAAAAAAAAAAAAAAAAAAAAAAAAAAAGGCCGCCUUGAAGGAGAAUCCGUUGCAAAGAGGAGAGCGAUAAAAGUCCUGCAAGAGGCGAGGAGAGGGGAGGGAGGCAAAGUUUUUUCCCUGAAAGUUUGUGCAAGCUUUCACUUUCUAGGCGGGGUUACUGUAAGCUGCAGCAGCAUGGAGUGAGAAACAGGACGGCGAGCGAUUGCAAUGCAGCACUAUACCGAGCUUCCAUCCAACUUAAAUAAGCUCUCCAAUCCUCCUUUCUAAAAAUAACCAUGUACUCCCCGUACUGCUUGACACAGUAUUACCCUACUCACCUUCUAAACAAUGCCUUAGUGGAUGAAUUUCAUCCCUUCAUUGAGGCCCUCCUCCCCCAUGUCCGUGCCUUCUCCUACACCUGGUUCAACCUGCAGGCCCGUAAGCGCAAGUACUUCAAGAAGCACGAAAAGAGGAUGACCAAGGACGAGGAACGCGCGGUGAAGGACGAGCUGCUGGGGGAGAAGCCAGAGAUCAAGCAGAAGUGGGCCUCGCGCCUGCUGGCCAAGCUCCGCAAGGACAUCCGGCCAGAGUUCCGCGAGGACUUUGUGCUCACCAUCACGGGGAAGAAGGCCCCCUGCUGCGUGCUGUCCAACCCCGACCAGAAGGGCAAGAUCCGCCGCAUCGACUGCCUCCGCCAGGCCGACAAGGUGUGGCGGCUGGACCUGGUGAUGGUCAUCCUGUUCAAGGGCAGCCCCCUGGAGAGCACGGACGGGGAGCGGCUGGUCAAGUCGCCCCAGUGCUCCAACCACGGUCUGUGUGUCCAGCCGCACCACAUUGGAGUGGCGGUCAAGGAGCUGGACCUCUACCUGGCCUACUUCGUCCACUCACCAGAACAAUCAGGACAAUCAGACAACACAAACCAGCAAGGAGACACAGAUGUCAAGCCCCCACCAAAUGGCCACUUGAGUUUCCAGGACUGCUUUGUGACUUCAGGGGUGUGGAACGUUGCCGAGCUGGUCCGUGUGUCGCAGACCCCGGUGGCUACAGCGACCGGUCCCAACUUCUCCCUGGCUGACCUGGACAGCCCUGGCUACUAUAACAUCAACCAAGUGACCCUGGGACGGCGCUCCAUCACCUCCACCCCCUCCACCAGGACUGAAAUGGAGCUUUAUGCAAGUCUCCCACGGAGCUCCAACAAGCGCAAGUCCAUUGACGACAGUGAGAUGGAGAGCCCGGUGGACGAUGUCUUCUACUCAGGCCGUUCCCCAGCGGCUGGCAGCAGCUCUCAGUCCAGCGGUUGGCCUAAUGAUGUGGAUGCAGUGCAACACCAUUUGGCCAGUGUGCAGGAGAGGAAGAUUAAGCAUGAGAGCGAUGGAGUGCAGUUUCCUUACCAUGGACUCUCAUCGCCUAGUUCUCUUAAGAAGCCGGGGAAAUUCGAUUUCAGCGCCCUGUCCUCCCAGACGAGGUCCCCCCGCAUGGCGUUCACCCACCACCCACUGCCAAUGCUGGCGGGAGUGAGACCAGGGAGUCCCCGUGCUUCAGCCUCGGCCUUGCACUUUCCGUCUCCCUCCAUCAUCCAGCAGUCUAGCCCUUACUUCACCCACCCAACCAUCCGCUACCACCACCACCCUGGACAGGACCCCCUGAAGGAAUUUGUGCAGUUUGUCUGUGCUGAUGGCUCGGGGCAGGCCGCCGGACAGCCAAACGGGAGCGGCCAGAGCAAAAUGCCAGGCUCCUUCUUGCUGCCUCCACCUCCCCCAGUGGCCCGCCCAGUGCCCCUCCCUAUGCCCGACUCUAAACCCAACAGCACGCCCCCUGACGGCGGACUCUCCUCGCCCGCAUCUCCGUCAUACUCCACGCCAGGCACCACAGCUCCCAACAGGUUUGUCGGCAUCGGAUCACGGGACAACAACUUUCUGAACAUCCCGCAGCAGACACAGUCUUGGUUCCUCUGACAAGAUCUGUGUACAAACCAGCAACUACAAUUCUUUCUUUACAAUCGGAAAUAGAAAAACAGAGAAACAACCCGCAGGAUAAUGACUGUCCCCCAACCAACCAACCCACCGACCGACCCUGACAGUACGUCUCACCUGAUACAAAAUACAACCAAGCAAGGAAACGCAGGAAAUUACAGCAGCGUGACGCUUUUAGAGGAACUCUGGACUCAUUUAACCAGUCAGAAGGAGGACCUGUUUCGAGCAAAGAUGGAUAGAUGGAAAGAUGAAUGGAUGGACAAGAGGAUGCCAGGAUAAAGAAGGGGUAAGGGGACAAACAGCAGCAAGCAGGCAUCUCUCCUGAAACCACCGAACCAGCACAACUCGGCAGCAACGCAGGAGGAGCCUGACGGAGGAAAAAGCAGUCAACUUCUCCUACUUCGUGAGGACGCAUUGUGUAAUGAAUGGCUAAGAAAAUCAACUGUCCAACAAUAUAAAAAGGUUUCCACACCCCAGAUUUAACAUUUAAGCUACAAAGCUUUGCCCACAAUGAAUCCACAGCCUGAUCAAAGCAAAUACACUAUUUGGUUUCCAAUGAAAGCUGCAGUCCGUGCUCCUGUGAUGUCUGUCAUCACCCAAAACAAAAUCAAAUUGACCAAUGUUUCUCUCCCUCUGAAUGACCAUUGACUCUAUAAAGUCCCUUUUUUAUCCUACUGCUAACUAGAGAGAGACCAUGCCAAAACAUAUCUUGAUUAAGAGUUGCACUAGAAGCUGAAUCAAUUAACACUAAUCUUAACGAUGUGCACUAUUUACCUACAAGGCAUGGGAGGUAAACCACACUUGCCUAUUAAGAGUUUUAAAGAGGAAAAAUCAAGGUACAAGAAGCCUUCACGUGUUCUCGACCCCCAUCGUUCAGUUUGACAAAUCGUUGGCCUCCGCUCAUUCUCACGUCUCCCCGCACAACACACACCCAGAAAGAUCACAAUCUGUGCCAUGACCACAGCAUGUAUGUACAAUUGAAAACAAUCACAGUUGCCCAGUCGGACCUUUUUUUUAGAUUGUAGUAUUCAUUAGGUGGUGGUGUUGUGUUAUCAUAUUUUCAUUUUAUAUGCACACAGUAAGCCCAGUGAACUCUCGCUACCUAUUUGAUUAGAUAUCCAAACAUCACACACACACUGAAAAUCACAGUGUGAGUACAUCAAUACUGACAGUUUUCACGACUAUAGACAGCAGCUAUUGGUUCCCCCUUUGCCCUCUUGUAAUGUAGAUGAAUGAUUUUGUUAACUCUUGUGUGUUCUCUUAUUUGAAUUUAUUCCUUUCGGAUUUGUACUAUUUUAUAAUUGUUUUGUAUUUGAAUGACAGCACCUUAUAGAGAAACACAGUAACAAGUGGGAUGUUAAAGUGGCGUAAACAGGGUGGUUCGCUGACCUCGAUCACAUAGUACAUGCAAAAACUUUAAGAAAAAGUUUGACAUUUUGGGAAAUACGCUUAUUCGCUUUCUUACCGAGAGUUAGAUGACAAGAUUGAUACCGCUCAUGUUUGCACGUUAAAUAUGAAGCUACUGCCAGCAGCCGGUUAGCUUAGCAUGGCAUAAAGGCCGGAAACAGAGGGGAACAGCUAGCCUGGCUCUGUCCAAUGGUAACAAAAUCCGCAAACCAGCACCUCUAAAGCUCAUGUUAAUCAUGUAACAUCUUGUUUGUUUUAUCUGUACAAGAACUGAAGUGUGAAAAUGAGAAAUCGCCGUUUUAUGGGGUGUUGGGACCUGGCAACUGGUCGCAACACAGUUGCGCAGCCUUAGAAGUGCUGGUAGGCAGAUUUUGUUACCUUUAGACAAAGCCAGGCUAGAUGUUUUCCCCCUGUUUCCAGUUUUUUGCUAAGCUAAUUAACCAGCUGCUUGCCAUAGUUUUAUCUUUAAUGGACAGACAUGAGAGUGGUAUCAAUCUUCUUGACCAGCUCCCAGCAAGAAGGCAAAUAAAAGUAUUUUCAUGUAAAAGUUUGACAUGGUUUGUUUGUUCUCGGUGCCAGAUAAACCUAUUUGCCACGUACUGUACCGGAAGACCACACAAUGCAGGAUUUUGACAAUCACAGGAAGCUUAUUUUCUGGGAACUUACCUGCUGAACCAUACAAAAAAAAAAAAAAAACUCGCUGCAUGUACUAUUUGACCCAGGUACAGCCGGUGGUGAUAUGCGAGUGAUAGAAAAACAGAACCAAGGAGGGAAGGUUGCUGAAGAUGAGACCCAGAGUAAAAGAGAGAGUAGCUCUUCUUUCUGUCUCCCUAAAGUUUACCCUGUUGUUUACACUCCCAGACAGGCCGCUGCUCCAAGAGCAGAGGGAGCCACACUGUGGAGCAAAAUGAAUAUGUGACAUAUCUGGCUGUUUUCGGAGAGGGAACGAGGGGCUCUAAGGCUAGCAGUAGGAGGAUCGCUCAUGUGCCCAUUUUUGUUUUGGUGCACAGUAUCAGGUUAAGGAUAUCGGUUGCUAUGGUAACCCCCCAACACACACACACACCAGCACUCCCCCCUAGCUAUUGUGAAUCAAUGAGUCCUUAAUGAUCAAAACUGCACUAAAACAAUCAUGCCAGCCAACCAUGUGAGUUUCUUUUUCGUAAGAAUUACAGUAGAUUGACCACCACUUAGUGUUUCAAAUCAGUGGAUGUAUCACUGGGAUGGAAACACUUGUAGAGCACAGAUCACCACUUCUUAAACACACAGACUUAUAAAAGACCACUCACUAUUAGCGCAAACACAUCCCCUGUGCCCGACUGAAUUCAAAGGGAAGUCUUAAAAAUAGACAAUCUGAGGAGGCCUUUAUGCUUUUAAUCGUUUUACAUCAUUAGCCCAUACAUAUUCUGACUGAUUCAGUUAUUUCCUAUUAAAAGUUGAAUUCAUAUCACCCAUCCAAACCUCACAAAAUAACUGGACUGCCUGGCCACGUUCUUCACUGCAGGGAAACACAACAUAGUUGGCCAACCGACUGGCGACCAUCUCAUCAGCUUCGUAGAGAGAACUAGCUCUGCUGAGUAUGACGUUAACGAUGGCUAAGGUGAUUUCUUUUCUAAUCUAUGGAAGUGCCUCUGUAUUCCCAUUAUGCAAUUUGUCAAACAUGAAUUCAGGUUCUUUUUCUCACAUAUAAGCUAUAGUGAAUGGUGAAACAUUUAUGUCAGGAGAGGGAGAAAAAACGGUGACAGCUCACUAGAUAAUCGCAAGCAUCUUUAUAUAUAAUACACAUAUAUAUUUAUAGAUAUAUACUUUUUUUUUAUUUGCAAGAUAAGCUCUGUGGCAGUCUAGUUAUUUUUUGAAGCAUGGCGUACAUCGCACAGUCAUAGGAUGCAUCUCAAAAACCGCUGAUUAGAGCUAAAGUACCAGUCUCUAAACCCACACUCGUGUUAAAUGACAUAAAAGAAAAUCCAUGGCAAACACAACAAUAGAUACAUAGACAGUGAUGAUAAUGUAGUUGAGGGGGAAAAAAAGAACAGAUUAGGUUUUGUAGUUUUCUUUCUUGUUUUGAUGGGAAGUAUUGUUCUUGAAACUAAAUGAUGUAUGUUGAUUGAGCCAUGUGCAAUGCCUUGGUAGAGGAAUUGUGUUUGUUUGUUAGCGAUUGUUUGAGGGUGUCACGAGAAAAGAGGGAAAACCCUCUUAAGUUUUUUUUUUUUUUUUUGUUUUUCAAGUCCACAUGCUCUGGGACUCUAAAUACGAGGGCAGCGAGAAAAGAAUCCCAGUCUUUGUAAGUAAGUUUGGGGAAAUUGUUUUUAAUUUCCUUUUGUUUGUUUUUUUUUUCUUCCUUUUAUUACUUUUUUAAGAAAAAAAAUCAUUUCUAAUGAUUUGUUUUCAGAAUGUGGGAGGGCUGAAGGAACAAUUUUGCAACUCAUAAAAUAUAUAUCACUAUGAAAACUGGUGCUUUCGUAAAGAGUAAAGUACAUUCAAUCUCUAUUAUACAUAAAUAAUAAACGAAAUUAAGUGUUAUCAUAAAAGCAAAUUUUAGGAAAACAUGCAUUAUUCUAUUUCUCUUUUUGUAUUUACUGAGGGGGGAGGGGUUCAUUGUAUGAAAAGGUUGUCGUGACAAAAGGCAUUUUUCCCCCCCAACCUUUACACCAUAGCCGAGGAGCGGUCGUAGGGAAAAGAAUCUUGUAAAAUGCAAUUUUUUUUCCCAGACUGUAUCAUCCAACACAAGUGAUCCUAAUUUGUGACAAAGACAAGAUCUUCCCCAAUUUGGGAGAUGCACAAGUAUGGACUCCCGCUGCAAAGAAAGAAAGAAGAAAAAAAAGACAGUGAAUGAUGAUAUCUGGCGAGAUUUUUAUAUUUGGUGUAAAUGUCUAGUUGGUUCAGCAAGAGGGAAUUAGCGGCCUCUGUCUGGUCAGCUGGUCUGCUGUCAUCAAUUCAAGUGAACCCCCACCCCCGAAUCCCCAUCUCCCACUGUAAAUGAUUAUAAAUAUUUGUUUGGUGAUGUAGUGUUAUAGACUCAGAGCAUCUUAAAGGUUGUCCCUAAAAAGUGCCUUUUGUUCACAGAUUCCAUCUUGUAAUCCUGAGUGCCCAUCUCAAAUGAAAAAAUAAGUCCCCUCCUUCAUACUUCUAUAUCUUUCUCUUCCUCUUCUUCAAGCUUUUUAAAGCAGUAUACAUAGUACUAAAGGAAAUUGGUGUGAUUUAGUUCCUCUUUUUAUUGUUGAAUAAUUAAGAAAAGCAUAAAAAAGCACAAAAAAAAGAUAUUUUCUGUCUUGCCUCUCUUCCUCUGUAUCUUGUCUUCUGUCUAUCUUGGACACUGGAGUAGUCUGUAGCCGCGUAACCCUCCUCCCCUCCCCCCCUCCCUUUCUCUGAAUGGCGGGGUUUCAAAAAAAAAAAGAAUACGCAAAGAUUUUUUUGUCUGAGCAGAAUGCAGUUAGCUCACAUGUUAUUCUUGUCUGUACGCUUCACAUUGUAUUACCAUACCCAUCUUCUUCAGCUUCUCCAUUCAACAGCUAAUGUAAGUGAACAAGUUACACCACGGGGCUCUGGGCUGUGCUGAGGUCAGGGCAAAGGAAUUGUUUUCCCCUGGGAGCAGUCAAUGACAAAUCAACCCCGGUGGAGGGAGAAAAGCACUCACGGGAACCUUUGGGUUUUGGACUUAGGCGAGGGAGAUGACCAAUAGGACUGCUAGUAUAGGCAGGUUUGUUUGUAAUCCUUGUUUCUAUCUAUUUAUUUUUUUAUAAUUGAAUUUGGAUUUGCUUUUUUUUUUGUCAUUGUUACUGCGUAUCUUAGGCAGCAGGAAGAUGCUGCAUUGAGACCUUCAAUUAUGCACCUUUCUAGUGGUUGAAUGAGACCAGCGAUUUAAAACAAAAAAAAAAAACAAAAAAAAUGAAAAUGACUCGAAGCACCUUAUAAGCGGACUGGUUCCACAGCACGGUGACCGAAAGGCUCAGAUUUAGCACAAUCAUAAGAAAAUGUAACACAUUGCUUCACAAUGGUGUAUUGAUUCACCACCAUUCUAAAUCACAGUGUUUGAGAGACACAUUGACCAAAGUGAUAUGGUUCCAAAAGUUGUACAAAACUAGAAGACUUCGGUGACUAAUAGUGAAAGCACCUUGAAAUUCCACCAGCAAAAUCAAGUGAUUACAGAUUUUUGUCCUGGAAAAAAAAAAAACACGUGUGUAUAUAUAUAUAUAUAUAUAUAUAUAUGCAACUUUUUAUUUUUCCUUCAUCAAGCAAAUGAAGCCAGCAGCAGUAUUAUCAAUCAAGCCUCGACAAGUAAAAGCGCCACAGUUGAGAAGCCAUAUCAGAGAUGAACAGGUUGCACGGAGGUGUAUGUGUGUGUGUACUUGUACUUGCUACAUAGUGAGGACUGAAGUUUUUUACCUACAGAGUGAGGACAUUUUUGGAAAGUGAGGAUAUUUUGGCCGGUCCUCACAACUUCAAAGGGCUGUUUGAAGGUUAAGACUUGGAUUUAAGGGUUAGGUGAGGGUAAGGGUUAGGCAUUUAGUUGUAAUGGUUAAGGUAAGGGGCUAGGGAAUGCAUUAUGUCAAUGACGGUCCUCACAAAGAUAGAAGUACAAGCUUGUGCGUGUGUGUGCUUGUGCGUGUUUUGUUAAGGGAGGUUGUCUACAGUAUCUGCCCCUGCACCGUUCAAAGAGCCCAGUCGGACCCUGUGGCCGAACCGUCCGCCGUUUUAAAAAAAAUUUCCUUUUGUUUGUUUUUAACACGUUUAGUAGGAUGCUGGGCCGUGUUGAGUGAUGUGUAGACUGAGCCCCCUGGCCGGCCUAACCCCUCGCCUCUGGCCUGUAUCCCCUCCCGCCACGAUUGCUCCUCCUCCUCCUCCUCCACCCUUGGAGCAGCGUCCCAUCCUUAAACACACCCCCCAGAGCCCAUGGUGAAAUGCAUGUGUUAAUUACAGUUUCUUUUCCAUAAUAAUAAUAAAAAACAGUUUGAAGAGAGCAACCCCUUUACUUGAUUGAAUAAAAGGAUGUUCUUGACUGUA